AUGUCCUUCAAGUCCGCCAGUUCUAGGGCCAAGGCCAAGGCCACGGUAAAUAAACUUUUUGACGAUGUUCUCCCUGGCGCCAGCAUUGUGCCUCUGAAAAAAGUCCAUACCUCGACUGCAAGCGAUUUCGCCCUGGAGGCUAGAAAGAGCCGUCUCUCUAAAGGUGAGGUGAGAAAGCAGAACAAGGCAGAGAGGGCCAAGCAGAAUAAGGCGAUCAACAAAAGACUAGAAAAGGACAAAAAGUUCCACAAACUUGUGAAAUACAAUGUCAUUAAGGGACACAAGGGCGCAGCCGCUGGUAUGACGCCGGAGGAAGAGAAAUACUUGAAGAAGCUCGUUAAGAAAAACUCCAGUGCCUUGAAACGUUCCGCCGAUAUCAAUGACCCUGAUGUAGAGGAUGAGAUCAUGUCCCUCCAACGAGAGAUCAUAGCUAUGCGUGACGAAAAACACGACAGAUCCAGGGACCGCAAGCUCGACGCUAAAUUACUGGCUUUCAAUGACAAAAUCAAGUCUGGAACGCUUUCUUACCCUGGCCUCACCCCUGGUUUGGCGCCAGUGGGUUUGGAGGAUGACUCAGACGAGUCUGAUGACGAAUAA